AUGCAGUUCACCUCAACUCUUCUCGCGCUCCUGACUGCCACGUCGGCUCUCGCCAGUGCCAUCUCACCUAACGAAGCGAAUGCUUUGCAAGGCAGACAUAUUGCUACCUGGGGCAAAUGUAACGGAACCUCUUGCAAGGUCAAUGGAAAGAACUAUGGGUGCACCAAGGGCUCUUGCACUCGUCAAAGCGGCGGUGGCGAUGGUGCCCAAUGUGCCAAGUUGGGUGGAUCUAUCUGCUGCCCUGGCGGAACUCAAAAGGGAAAAGGUUGCAGAUGGUAA